AUGGCAUCCGGCAGUCAAAACGGCGCCAUGCAGAUGCAGGGCCCCCCCUACCCCCCCAAAUACGCCGGCCUCGGCCUCACCCCAACCCCCUCCGUCGACAUCCCCAUCUCCGCCGUCAUCCUCGCCUUCUACAUCGCCUCCGCCGCCUUCAACAUGACAAUCUUCCAGCGCAACCGGCGCCGCGGCCACAAGUUCGUCCUCUCCGGCCUCUUCUUCGGCUUCUCCAUGGCCCGCAUCUCCGCAAACGUCAUGCGCAUCGUCUGGGCCUGUUACCCGAGAAACGUCCGCAUCGCCAUCGCCGCCCAGAUCCUCGCCAACGCGGGUGUCAUCAUCAUCUUCAUCGCCAACCUGAUUCUCGUCCAGCGCGUGCUGCGGGCGUAUCAUCCCCGUCUCGGCUGGAGCAUGCCCGCCAGGAUCAUCCUGCGCGGGCUUAUCGCGUCUGUGAUUGGGUGCUUGAUCAUGCUCAUCAUUUGUCUCGUCGUCAGCAUCUACACGCUCAACCAGACCACUAUCGACCAGACUCACAUCGCUCAAACCGUUGCAUUGACGUAUUUCGCCUUCCUGGCCUUCUUGCCGGUACCCAUCAUCGGUCUCUGCUUCAUCAUCCCCCGUCGCCAGCGCAUCGAGAAAUUCGGCACCGGAAGCAUGCGUUACAAGCUCUUCCUCAUCCUCUUCACAUCUUGUCUGCUCACUCUCGGUGCGGCCUUCCGAGCAGGCGUAAUCUACUAUCGUUUACCCCCAACUGAGUCACGGUGGUUCCAGUCAAAGGCCUGCUUCUACUGCUUCAACUACCUCAUCGAGCUCAUCGUCGUCUACACGUACGCGCUGUCUCGGUUCGACAAGCGAUUCCACAUUCCCAACGGAAGCAGUGCCCCCGGCCACUAUGCCAACGGCGUUCCAGGCUCUGACGGAGCCGUAUUUGAUGAAGAGCUGCCUGCCAGUGCUUCUGAGCAGACGAUGACGGAUGCCGGCUGGGCUAUGGAAUUUCAAAACAAGACUGCGCCCAAAGCAUCUGCUUAG